UUUAAAAACCUGUCAUUCGUCAAUUUCAAUGUACUUUUUCUUUUCUUUACCAGUGCUAAUGAAACUUAUUUAGAACAAGAAAAAUAAUAAGCUUGAGUUGAAACAGUCAGAUUUUAUUGUAACAACUCUUGCACCAUCAACAUCAAUCAAGUAAAGGCCUUACUUUAUUGGGGAGAAAGAAUCAUGAGCUGCUUUGGAUGUUGUGCAGAAGAUAAUAUUCAUAAAAUUUCUGAAAAUGGACCAUUUGCACCAAAUAACUCAGCAAGUAAUACUGGAGGUUAUCAUGUAAAAGAAGCUGUACCAAAGGAAACACAGGCAGUAAAGAUUCAACCUAUAGCUGUCCCAGCAAUUCCAAUAGAUGAACUCAAGGAUAAAACAGAUAAUUUUAGUACAGACUCAUUAAUUGGGGAGGGCUCAUACGGAAGAGUGUAUUUUGGUGUUCUGAGAAGUGGGCAGUCUGCAGCUAUCAAGAAGUUAGAUUCUAGUAAGCAACCAGACCAAGAAUUUCUAGCACAGGUUUCCAUGGUGUCAAGACUUAAACAAGAAAAUGUUGUUGAGCUUGUUGGUUAUUGCAUUGAUGGCCCUCUCCGUGUCCUUGUCUAUGAGCAUGCUUCUAAAGGAUCUCUUCAUGACAUUCUUCAUGGAAAGAAAGGAGUAAAAGGAGCAGAGCCAGGUCCCGUUUUGUCAUGGGCACAAAGAGUUAAAAUUGCUGUUGGGGCAGCAAGAGGACUUGAAUAUUUACAUGAAAAGGCAGAGCCCCGUAUCGUCCAUCGUAAUAUCAAGUCAAGCAAUGUGUUACUUUUUGACGAUGAUGUUGCUAAGAUUUCUGAUUUCGAUUUGUCAAAUCAAGCACCCGAUAUGGCAGCACGUCUGCAUUCCACACGUGUUCUUGGGACCUUUGGUUACCAUGCUCCAGAAUAUGCAAUGACAGGACAGAUGAGUGCAAAGAGUGAUGUUUAUAGCUUUGGUGUAGUCCUGCUGGAACUCUUAACUGGGCGGAAGCCUGUUGAUCAUACUCUGCCACGUGGACAGCAGAGCCUUGUGACAUGGGCAACUCCAAAACUCAGUGAAGAUAAGGUGAAGCAAUGCGUUGAUGCUAAGUUAAAUGGAGAGUAUCCUCCUAAGGCAGUUGCAAAGAUGGCUGCAGUUGCUGCUUUGUGUUUGCAAUAUGAAGCUGAUUUUAGGCCAAAUAUGAGUAUCGUUGUCAAAGCUCUCCAGCCUCUGCUCAACACUCGUUCUGGUCCUCCCCAGUGAAACAUCACAGAUGUGAAUCAAUCCCAAAACUAUUUUAUUCAUAUAAUUGAGAUUUGUUUUGUAAAUGGAUGCUUUACAUAAUAGUCGGUGUAAUUUUGAUAUCUUUGUUCAAGAGUCUCAAGUUUGCUGGAAUUUCUUUGUAUUUAACAAUGAAUUUUUUUCCAUAACCUCAAUUAUGCAAGUAGUAGGACAGUUCUUUUCCCCUGA